GAUCGGGAGCUGAGGUCCUGCAAGAGCCCAGGGCUGAAGAGAAAGCCUCUCCGAGGGAGGGAAGGAAGGCAAGGAGUGGCUGGCGAAUUUAAGGGAGGCUCUGAAGAAAUGGUGAAUAAAAUGAAGAGAGAGCUGCUGUGUGCGCUGCUGCUUUGCGGAGCAGUCUUCAUUUUGCCCAGCCAGGAAAUCCACACUCGAUUCAGAAGAGGAGCCAGAUCUUACAGAGUGACCUGCAGAGAUGAAAAAACACAGAUGACGUAUGAGCACCACGAGUCGUGGCUGCGCCCCAUGCUCAGGGGCAACCGGGUGGAAUACUGCUGGUGUGACAGCGGCCUGCUGCAGUGCCACUCGGUGCCCGUCAAAGGUUGCAGCGAACCGAGGUGCUUCAAUGGGGGCACGUGUUGGCAGGCUCUGUAUUUCUCAGACUUUGUCUGCCAGUGCCCUGAAGGAUUUGUUGGGAAACGCUGUGAAAUAGAUGCCAGUGCCACAUGCUACAAAGACCAGGGUGUCACCUACAGGGGCACGUGGAGCACAACAGAGAGUGGGGCCGAGUGUGUCAACUGGAAUAGCAGUGUACUGGCCCUGAAGCCCUACAACGGGCGGAGGCCAGACGCCAUCAAGCUGGGCCUCGGGAAUCACAAUUACUGCAGAAAUCCAGACCAAGACUCGAAGCCCUGGUGCUACGUCUUCAAGGUGGGGAAGUAUAGCUCGGAGUUCUGCAGCACGCCAAGCUGCCCCACGGAAAAAACUGGGGACUGCUACACUGGAAGAGGGUUAGCAUACCGCGGCACCCACAGCCUCACUACAUCUGGUGCCUCUUGCCUCCAGUGGAAUUCCAUGAUCCUUAUAGGCAAGAUUUACACAGCCCGGACGACCAAUGCCCAGGCACUGGGCCUGGGCAAGCACAAUUACUGCCGGAAUCCCGAUGGGGAUGCCAAGCCUUGGUGCCAUGUGCUGAAGGACCGCACGCUGACGUGGGAAUACUGUGACAUACCCCAGUGCCCCACCUGUGGCCUGAGACAGUACAAGCAGCCUCAAUUUCGCAUUAAAGGAGGACUCUACGCGGACAUUGCCUCUCAUCCAUGGCAGGCCGCCAUCUUUGCCAAGAACAGGAGGGCACCAGGAGAGAGGUUUUUGUGUGGGGGAAUACUGAUCAGUUCCUGCUGGGUCCUAUCUGCUGCCCACUGCUUCCAGGAAAGGUUUCCUCCCCACCACCUCAAGGUGGUCUUGGGCAGAACAUACCGGUUGGUCCCUGGAGAAGAGGAGCAGAAAUUUGAAGUAGAAAAAUACAUCGUCCAUAAGGAAUUUGAUGAUGACACUUACGACAAUGACAUUGCCCUGCUGCAGCUGAAAUCGGAUUCACCACAGUGUGCCCAGGAGAGCGACACCGUCCGCACCGUCUGCCUGCCUGAAGCCGACCUGCAGCUGCCCGACUGGACGGAGUGUGAGCUGUCUGGCUACGGCAAGCACGAGGCCGCGUCUCCUUUCUUCUCCGAGCGGCUGAAGGAGGCGCAUGUCAGACUGUACCCAUCUAGCCGCUGCACGUCACAGUAUCUGUUUAACAGAACCAUUACAGACAAUAUGCUGUGUGCUGGGGACACACGGAGCGGAGGGGACCAGGCGAACCUGCAUGAUGCCUGCCAGGGUGACUCAGGAGGCCCCUUGGUGUGUAUGAAGGACAAUCACAUGACUUUGGUUGGCAUCAUCAGCUGGGGCCUUGGCUGUGGGCGGAAAGAUGUUCCAGGUGUAUACACCAAGGUUACUAAUUACCUAGACUGGAUUCAAGACAAUAUUCGACCAUGACCACGAACACCCAAUUCCCUGAAAUCACAGGAGACCCCUACUUCUUCCACUUCAGAAGACACCCCAAGGCAGAGUGCUUCCUUACACAGAUUUCCCCAUGAGCCAUCACACAGGACAAGUGGGUGAGAAGUGGUAGGAGAGGGGAGAGGGCAUAUUUUCACAGGUACUUCCCAUUUUGGAAGUUUUCAUGGGUUCAGGUCUGAUUUCAGAAUGUAUUCUGUCAGACCAGAAGACAGAUAAAUGCCAACCCCUCCUGGAUACUGCCAUCUAGGGCAGAAGAGAGGUAGACAAAAGCCCAGCCUCUAAUCUGUCAGGAUGAGCAGUUUUGAGAUGGGACCACACAGAUGAAAGUGUGUCUCAGUAGGAACAAGUAACCCAGUCCUUCAGGAAAGAAGGAUUGCAAUAGAAAUAGAAUGUUUAUAGUCACAAGGAAGUCCAACAGGGGCCUCCUAAGAAUGGCUGGGCUGGCUGGCCAGAUCGUGUUCCUCAAAGCCAUCCUUGAAAUCAUUUGCCUUUCCCCUUUCUCCACCCUACAGCUCUUGCAAGGAAAUCCUUUGUGUACAGUGUAAAUCUUUUUUCUUUAUAAACUUUAUAAUAGAACAGGAGACUUGUAUCGUUUUCAUAACAGAUCAACUAGGCUUUAGCAUAUUUAUAUCAAUCCAUUUUAGUUUUUACUUUCUGUUGCCACAACCCUGUAUUAUACCGUACUGAAAUAAUAAAUUCAGAUAUAUUUUUCACAUA